AUGAAGCAAGCCUUACUUGAAGGGCGAUCUGAGGCCAAGCCACCCUCAUCUCCAAAAACUUUGAGUGCCCUAGUCAUGCAAGCCCGGACUAUGAAGUUGACUGCUCCAGCCCAGGAGGGCUGGCCUAUGAAAAAGCUGAGUCUUGUACCCCAGGAAGACCGGCCUUCGCCCAGUGCCUUAUCUUGGGAUGAGCGGUCUAUAAGAACCCAGAGUGUCAUAUCCACUGAAGAAAAGGCCUCAGACAAAGCCUUGAAUCCCCUGUAUCUCACAGUGAUUCCAGCAGCCAUGAUGAAGUUUAGCAGGUUCCAGAAAAAGAAACAAGCUGAGACUGAACUCGCUGAGGGCCAGCCUGUAGGGACAGAAGAAAAAGCAAAGGUUAUUGAUGAUACCUGUGGCUUGGCCUGUAUAGUAAUCCCCUGGUGUCAGCAGUUUAACAACGUUUACAGCUUCCUGGUUCUCUACUGCAUCCUGGUGCUAGCUCAAGGUACUGUGUUUGGCCUUGUAGACCUGAGCAAUGCCAAUUUUCACAAGGAAUAUGAAGUGAGAACAUGGCAGAAACUGACCUUGACACUAACUUAUGAUGUUACCUCAUGCCUGGCAGCAUUAUUUAUAGCUUACUAUGGAGGGAAGGGAAACAGAGCAAGGUGGAUUGCAUGUUCCUCCUUCCUAAUAGGCUUUGGAUCAUUUCUAUUUGCUGUCCCAUAUUUCAGUGCUAAAAUUCAUCGGUCAAUGUUAGAAAUAGAAGAUAUUUGCCAGGAAAACAAGAAUAUCAAUUUUUGCCCAAGAUCUGGAACAGUAUUCCAAAUCAAGUAUCUAGUUUGCUUUAUCCUUGGACAGAUGGUUCAAGGAAUUGCAGGAAUGGCUCUUUAUAUCCUUGGGAUGACCCUUCUUGACGACAACGUCUCUACCUACUCAUCUGGCAUCUAUUUAGGUAUUGGUGAUGCUUCAGAAAUAUUAGGAUACGGUUUGGGUUUUACAGUAGGAGCACCACAUCUUAAAACUAAUAAUAACACUUUAAUGCAAAGCUCUACCUACUAUGAGAGUGAUCAACCUAUAAAAUGGUACUCAACUUGGUGGAUGGAUUUUCUUUUAGUCUCUGCAGUUGCAUGGUCCACAUUUAUACCACUUUCAUGCUUUCCAACUGUUAUGUUAGGUUCAGAAAAGAUAAAGGCUGAGAAAAAGAAAGAAAACACCUUGAUUUACACCAAAGAUAAGGAAUCUGAAGCUAACAUUAAGGAUUUAUUUGUUUCUGUUUGGGGUCUGAUGAAGAAUCCACUGUUCAUGUGCCAAACUCUGUGCAAAUCUAUAGAAGCCAUAAUUAUUAUUGGAGCUUCCAAGUUUUUGCCUGUAUAUAUAGAAAAUCAAUUUAUAUUAACACCCAGGAUGGCAACUCUGCUUACAGGAGUUAUUUUAAUUCCAGGAGGUUCAAUUGGCCAUUUUCUGGGAGGUUUCAUUGUUUCUAAGUUAAAACUGUCUUGUAAAGGCCUGCUGAGAUUUGUAAUGCUUACUUCUGCUGUAUCUGCUGCAUGUCUUUCCCUUGUAAUUUUUGUACACUGCGAUCCAGAUAAAGUUGCUGGAAUCAAUGAAAAUUAUGACGGGACAGGUGAGGUAGGAAACCUCACAGCACCUUGCAAUGCUCACUGUAGAUGCUCAGCCAUGGUCUAUUUUUCUGUAUGUGGAAGAGAUGACGUAGAAUAUUUUUCUCCCUGCUUUGCAGGCUGUAAACGUUCUAAAGUGUUAAACAGAGAAAAGGCAUACUAUAAUUGCAGUUGCAUUAAAAAUGGAUUGUUAAACUCGGAUAUAGAAGGUGAUUUUAUUGAUGCCCUGCCUGGAAAAUGUGACACCAAGUGUUAUAAAUUACCAUUGUUUUUUGCUUUUAUCUUUUCUGCAAUUAUUUUUUCCUGUUUUUCUUCUAUACCACUCAAUCUGAUAAUUUUCCGUAAACAAACUCAGCGAAAGGCCUCCCAGUACUUUCUAAUGUGUCUAUUAGCACAGAGGAGAGGUUGUACUCAAACUCCUAGCUGGGGAGAAGAGAAGACCCACGCUACGUUUCUACUGGCUAAGCAAGUGAGCCCCCUGAGAAUCAUUGUAGAACCUGGCAGUGUACCCCAGAGGACCAUUCCUGGACCAUUAAUCUUUGAAUGGACAAUACGAAGUUCAUGUACUUUUCGAGACGCUAAUAUAUGUGGACACAAAGGACGUUGUUGGAUCUAUAACAAGAUGAAAAUGGCCUCCAUAUGGGUGGGAAUAUGUUUUUUCUGCAAAUUAUAUACCAUCUUACUCUCUGGUAUUGGACUUCACCUAAUGAACCGUUUUAAAAAGGAAAGCAUAGAUGACCUGUCUCUUCAACUGGAAGAGGAACUGGGAGAGUUUCCCAAGUUUUUCUCUCGGACUUCAGUGGGUUUAGAUGCCUGGUUCUUCGUCACUGGCCUGUUAACAGCGAUUGCAAGAGUUUGUGUGAUCUUGGAAUAA